CUGCAGUUAUAUAACUUAAUGGGUUAUUCAUUGCAACAACAAAACACAAGACUUUGUGUUUAGUUUGGCUCUUCCGGUUAGCCUAGCCGCUAGCUUUGCUCAGCCUUCCUGGGAAGAAUCAGCUGAUUCCAGGCUCCAACAAUGGAGGACAUGUACGUGAAACCCGGUAACCAGGAGCGGGGCUGGAACGACCCCCCUCAGUUUUCCUACGGGCUGCAGACGGCCCGCGGACCUCAGAGGAACCCCUUGAGCAGGAGAGCUGUUCCAGCAGCGAGCUCAGGUCCAGGUGCUCCAACCCCAGCCCCUCCCUCCUCCAACCUCAUGGCCCCGCCCAUGUGUGGAGUAGCUCCGCCUCCUCUGUCAGCUGGACGUCCACCUGAGGCAACGCCCACUGCCCAAAAGGGACCAAUGAGAAAGCAGGGAGAGGUGGAUGGCAGCUUAUCAGAGCCUGACCUGGAGACUGUGAUGUCAGUGCUGAGCAGAGCGCUGGAGGCCUGCAGGAGCUCCGUGAGGGCUCAGGUGUGUAACGAGGUUGCUAAGAGGCUCCGCCUCCUGGAGGACAGCUGGAGGUCCGGUAAACUCAGCCUACCUGUAACCAGACGCAUGGAUGUCCUGUCCCAAGAGCUGCAGGCCGGUCACUGGGACUCUGCUGAUGAAGCUCAUCGCUCUCUGAUGGUCGACCAUGUGACCGAGGUUAGCCAAUGGAUGGUCGGCGUUAAGCGGCUCAUCGCUGAGACCCGCAACCUCAGUCCAGAUCACCUGAAACCGCUCCAGAACCCAACAGAACCAGCCCAGGACCCAACAGAACCAGCCCAGGACCCAACAGAACCAGUCCAGAAUCCCAUAGAACCAACCCAGAACCCAGGAUGCCAGUCUUGAGUUUCCCAGAACCCUGCAUUCCAGCUCUGGGUAACUUGGCCGGGAUUCUGUGCGGUUCUUCUCAUUUUCUGCGCUGGACCGGUUUCAGUUGUUUUGGUAUCGGUACCAUCAGUACGGUACCAUCUGUUCACCAGGUUUGGACUCCUACAUCCUGGGGCUCUAGUUCUGCUCAUACAGACCCAGAACCUGAACCUCAGGCAAUAAACAGAACCAGACCUACUCACAUCAGAACUGUGGACUCUUGAUUCUGGAACCAGAACUUCUCUGGGUCGUCAGGUGGACUCGGACUAGAAGAACCAGGACUUUAAGGCCUGGACUCUGAGGGUUCUGGACAUUAGGGAACCAGAACUUCUCCAUCAGAACCUGCUGUUUAGAACCAAACUGAACCAGAGCAGACCUUUCAGCUGAUUGGAUUGGGAGUUGACAUUGACGUUUCCCAGCCAAUCAACUGUGCAUAGCUCCAUUCUGAUUGUUCAGUUUUCCUUCAGGGGCCACUCUGAUUGGUCUUCUGAAACGAUCACAGCUUUGACUAUUUCCUCUCUGUGUCCUGAUCCGAUUGUAAGCUUGACUGGUUCUGUUGCGGCGUAGCAGCAAAAUAAACAUCUGAAAAAAGUG